AUGGACGUGUCUGAGAAGCCAUCUGCCUUGCCGUGGAUUGCUCUCGUGUGCAAGGAGGCUUGCGAAAUUUCAAGACUGUUCGUGCGAGAAUAUCGCGUGGCUUUCAACAUCAUUUCGUUUGAAGAGGAAUCAUCGGACGACGAGGAACAGUCAAGCGAAGUGGAAGAACUUUUGCGUGGGACCACGAGAAUCCGCUUUGAUCCGGACUUGGACACCCUGUUCGUCAAUUACUGCGGAAUGACAGCCGAUGAAGAGCCGUACGCGGGGGAGGAUCAACUUGAACAUGCGAUUUAUCUCCAGGAACUGGAAAAUGGGCCGCACGCUCUCUCCAUGAUGCCGAAAGUCAACAUCAUGGUAGACAUGUGUGGUCUCGUCGGUCCGCGGCGAUCAUCGUGGGCCAAAUGGCUAACGGCCAGGCCUUAUUCAGACUGCCUCGCUCAGCAUGGCCACUGCACCGUCAUGUUGGCCAACACAGUAUUCUCCACAACAAGUACGGAGAUACGGUUAUCCGGACUUUUCGGAAUGUUUGGAGAGGAGAGGAACGUUCUAAUCGAUAUCAAGGAUACAUCGAAGAUCGACCAGUAUGAGAGCUAUAUCGAUCAGCUCGAAUCGGCAGGUGGAAGUUGCAGCGACGGCUGGAAUUAUUUCCCUGAGAAGGCACCCCGCAUGGUGUUGAGUAUUGGGGCAGGCCGGUACGGAUCCGGAUACGGAGCCCCGGCGGAGUCAGAUGGGGUUCGUAUUGAGGAUGGCGAGGAAGCCAGGGCCCUUUCCAUUGUCAACAGCAGCAUAGCUGAAGAGGACGGCGCAAUGGCACUUCAUUUGAUCAAGCAGUCAUGGCUAGAGGCUAAUCACUGUUUCGAGCCAGCCGAGGAACCUGUUCUUCCAUGGACGGGGGGUGAGAUGUUCCGGAAAUGGAACGAAGAGCACCAUGUCGCAAAGCAUUGGCUCAGCAAGUUGCCUACAUUUUCUUUUGUGGUAAUGUACACGGUAACUGAGAGCAAAGGUAUGGUGUGCGACGGUAAUUAA